AUGGCUCCUAGAGGUCCAGCUUCCGCGUUCGAGAGCGAAACGUUCGGCCAAGAUGCGUCUUUCAGACUCGAGCAACCUGUGGGAUCCAUGACCAUUUCUCCAAGCGGGCGCGAUGUCGCAUUGGCUUCCAAAGAAGGGCUUCACAUCAUUGAUUUGGAUUCUCCCUAUUCUCCACCACGUUACCUCCCUCAUCGGACUCCCUGGGAAGUUGCCGAUGUCCAGUGGUCUCCAUUUGCUGCAAGGGACUAUUGGGUUGUCAGUACGUCGAACCAAAAAGCUCUGGUUUGGAACCUGGAUGCUCGAUCAUGGCAGGAUCCCAUCGAAUUCGUCCUCCACGGCCAUACGAGAGCAAUAACCGACAUCAACUUUUCCGCCCAUCAUCCUGACGUUCUUGCAACCUGCGCCGUUGAUAGUUUCGUGCACAGCUGGGACUUGCGAGCCCCAGCGAGGCCUGUCAACUCCUUUUCUGACUGGUUUGCUGGCGCAACUCAGGUCAAAUGGAACCGGCAGGAUGAACACGUUGUUGCAAGUUCUCAUGACAAGUUCCUUCACAUUUGGGAUGACAGAAAUGGUGCAUAUCCUGUACGGACCAUCGAAGCCCACGGCACCAAAAUCUAUGGGAUCGACUGGAACCGUCACCUUCAACACAAGAUCGUCACUUGCUCCCUGGAUCGGACAAUCAAGUUCUGGGAUCUCGAUGGGGAAGAAAGCACGCCGGAGCGCGUCAUUGAAACUCCGUUCCCUGUGUGGAGAGCCCGUCAUACUCCUUUUGGAUGGGGACUGCUCGCCAUGCCGCAGCGGGGUAACAGCGACUUGCAUCUAUAUGAUCGUCGUGCAGUCAACGGAGCGUUCGAGAAUGGUCCAGUGAAGCCAGUUGCAACAUUCAAGGGCCAUGAGGGUCAAGUUAAAGAGUUCCUGUGGCGCGCUCGGGGUUCAAUUAUCGACAACAUUGAUAAUCGAGAUUUCCAGCUGGUCUCCUGGGGCACAGACAGGGAAUUGAGGCUUCAUGCACUUGAGACCGACAUAUAUGCAGACAUUGGGUAUGAAAAAGGUGUCUCCAAAGUCCAACGGCUGAACUUCACACGAAGAGGUGCUGUUUACAAGACUUUUCGCGACGUACCGGGGGACGCCGACUCCCCUUUGGACGAGACACCUCGCAGUGAGGUGUUCCCCCGUCACGGCCACCUCACGCACUUCCGACCUCGCUCAAGCACCAGUGUCGGCAUGAGUAAAAUACCCGUUUCCCAAUUCCGCGGCUGGGUCCAAGGUGGUCGUUAUGCGCAAAGAUCCGGCAUGCAUGGACGAGGCAACAAUCGGCAGAAUACGGACCCAAUCUCAUGGUUAAAGAACGUAAAGAUAUUUUCUUGGGACCCUGACACAUUGGCCGAAGAGAUCCGGCAGGUAGGAGAGAAGUUCAAAAAGGUAGAGUUUGAGGUCGUCGAUAUCUCGCAUCGAAAGGCUGUCAUGUCACUCCAAGCCCCUUGGGGGGAAGAUCAGAGUCAAGUUUACCUGAGAGUGGAGAUGAGAUUUCCCAAGUUGUACCCUCGGAAUGCAAACGCAGUCUUGACUUUGCAGAAGUCCGGAUUCCUGGACGAAGCAACGCACAGACUGAUAACUACAGAGUUACACACCAUUGCGGAGACAUAUGCCUCCAGGAAACGCGGCUGUCUGGAAGCAGUCCUGCGGUACUUGCUCAGAGAGCAGAAUCUUGAACAAAUUGUGGCUUGGGUUCUUGGAGAAUCGCUAGUCGAUUCAAAGAUCCUGGACACGAGCACGGUUGGCGCCGACGACUCUAGCAGUGACAGUGAUGAUCAACUGGAUGGCGUGCGAGAAGGUCUUGACGCUUCAGCGAACAUUCUGGUACCGCUGGCAAAGGGUUGCGGUGCCCUUUGGUCCGAGACUGGAAAGUUAGUUUGCUUCUUUCCCGCCAAAGGGAAUGAGCCUGUCUCCUUUUUGAGCACUUUAGGGGUCAAAGACCUCGAGGAUUCUGAGUCGAGCAGGCUCUUUGAAGGCUUUGGCCGUCUACACGCGAGCUCACCAGCCCGCAAAACCACCCGGGGGGCGAAAACAGCAGACGAUGAUUCCAACUCUGACACAUCAGACUCGUCAUGGCAUUCAUCAAGCAGCUCCUCAUCCUCAUUCGAGACUGAGCAGAAUAUUCCCGGUGUCUCAUCAUACCGGGUUGGGGCUUCUGGUCUGCAGCAACGGUCGCGCUCGCCUGAUCGAUCCAACCAUUCUACCACCGGUGGUCCCAACAAGCUGAAUGAUGCUCCGCGCAAGAGCGCUGUGACCAUUCAUACCUUUGAUGAUCUAGUUCCUUCAAAGCGCGAGCUGGCGGUUGAGUACCAGCUCUCUGGAAACGGCCCAGACGUUUGCAAACACAAUGCUACGGUUGCUCGAAAUGCGUCCUUAAGAGAGCUUGAAUCAGUGUGGACGGUUGUCAGUCUUGUCUUGGCCGACUUGGUCCCUCUGGAAGUUCUCUCGGGCCUGCGGGAUCCUACUUUGCAAGACGUGUUAGUGAUCGCAAAAAAUGCCAUGGGAAGACCUCCCAAAAAGAGUGACAACAACCUAGAAAGACGCAAACUGUAUGGAAGGACGCGCUGGGGGAACCACCCAUUCGGCUCGACAUACCUGCUUCCUGCUAUCUUCGACCAUUACGAGAGACUGGGUGAUGUGCAAAUGCUUGCUACGUUGGCCUGCGUGCUAGCAUCAAGCAUCAACAAUGGUGUCAUACCAGGAGAGGCCCAAGCAAGAGGGCACAAUCUUCCUUCCGACAACAUCUAUCCCACUCAAAGUGACUACUUCCCAUCCAGGACCGUCGCGAAAUCCUUCUUUCAGAAGGAUGUCGAUGUGGAAGGAAAUGUCUUCAUCCAAUCCAAAAAUGUCCCUCUGGGCCCCAGUGUCCAAGGCCUAGGAGGUUCUGAAAGCCGGCGCAGACCGCACCAUGUUUUAGGUCGCCAGGGAAGCCAGUUCUCUUCCAGAGCAGCAAGUUUCAUUGCUGAUGACUCUCACGAGCAAUCCUCGCCCUAUUCAGCUGCUGUCUCUGUCUCAACAUCUCCUGAAGGAAACCGGCCAAGCAACAAAACAACUUCCGGCAUUUCUUAUUCUUCUGCGCGAGCAAGCUUGUCGGCCUUGACGCAGUCGUACUCAAACUCUCCUCCAAAUCAAAGUUCAUCAUCAGGGUUUGCAUCUAGUCUGAAAAAAUAUAGUCCCUCAGGGUCACUGGCCCCUGGUUGGGUACCUUCUGGCAUAUUUGGCAGCCAAACGGCGAACAGGGGUUCGCGGAUGUCGUUCCAUCACCACGAAGGUGCAAGUCAAGAUAGUCGCGAGCUAGGCAAUCGCUCAUCGUUGUCAUCGUCCGGCGCGCAGAGUUCUCGGAGAAGUAACACUUUGCGAACUUCGGCAAGUCGGCGCAGCGGUGUAUCUGCGGUCGAGUCUGAGGUCUCAGAGAAGACUUUUGGCAAGAAGCCUCCAAAGCGCAGGAAGAUUAAAACACGCCUGGUCAACCAGGACAGAUUCGAUCUGGACGGGUACUCAUCCGCGUCGAUCUUGGACCGUGUCCUCGAAAAAAAGUGCAGGGCAUACCGGGAAAGCUAUGCACAUGUUCUCGACGUGUGGCAGUUGCACUUACAGCGCGCCGAGGUUCUCAAAUUCGACGGAAUGGCAGCAGAAAGGUCCGACAUGGGACAUGGCCGGCCAAGUGCUGUUCACCCACCGCCCGUCAAUGGUUUGGAGCGGCCACGCAGAAAGACCUUGACUUUGACAUCUCGUGCCACGGAUCUUGGUCUGGAAAUAAGAUGCCUGUGUCGCAAUUGUGGAGAGCUCCUAGCACCAAUAGAGAAAAAUGGCAUACCCAUCGGAUGGCAUUGUGGAUGGUUUGGUGCUCGACUAGCAAAGCACGAGAAGACGGCAUCGAGGCGGUCUUCGGCUGAGAAAUCACAGCUUUCGCCAAUUGAGGACGAGGAUGGUGCGGAUGGUUUUGACGAAGAACAACCAGAUGAACAUGACACCUGUCCUACGGGCUGUGGCUGCUCCUGUGCGACUCUCACCACUUUUACUGUACCAUAUCCUCCGUCAACCGAGGACAACCUCGCCACCAGCAAUCAAGAGCAUGCCUACCUUGAACCGCCCCAAUUGACCCAUCAACUCAGCCGUAGCAGCGCAGGAAGUUCGAACCUCCCUCGCUCAACAAGUCUCCUCGUCCCUCCUUCAUCUCAGUCGCACUCUUCUACCGACACCGGCCCUGGAGGCGCCGAUACUGCGCUGGCGGCGUUUCUAGCUCUCACUCAAUCCCAUCAACGAUCGAAAUCUGUAAAUCUGGCGUCAGCGCGGACCAAGACUUCCUCUGUUUCUCGUCCCUCCGAAACGCAGAGCCCAGGCGGUUCAGGUAAAACGCCAAACGAAAGUGGCAAAACAACUAUAUCAGAUAGCGAUGCGGAGCUGGCUACGGCGCCGCAAUCAGGAGAGGGGGAUGAUUCCAACUCCCUCAAUCCUUUCGCUGGGAGUACACUUGCAACCCUGGGCAGAGGGAUUGGUGCGGGCCUAAGUCGUGGAUUGACUUCGAAGGCCAGCGACGCCACGAUUCGGAAAAUCAAAUGA